GAAUCUUUGCCACCUGUAUCCCACAAUGUUGAUGGUAGAAGCGUUUUCCCGGCUUCUUAAGCUAAUUAAUGAAGAGGUUGUAUUGAUAGAUGCGCUUGGAGAUCAAACCAUUGCUCGGGUAUCUAUGUCUUUGUUCCAGGGUUGCUUCCGGACUCUAAUGCAACAAGGAUUGGAUGGAUCCUGGAACUCCUCCCGUGAGGCCAGUUCUUACGCUGGAUUGAUCCUCCAUUAUGCCCGAAGAAUUUGCUUUGUGCAACCUCUUCGACCUCGGAUCGAUUAUGCUAUUGACUUGGUCCGAGGAUAUCUUCAGUCGGUUGACGAUAGCGGUCCCACUUAUCUAUGGAUAGAAAAAGUGACAUACAUGUCUCCCCUGCUAUCCAAAGCCUACUACUUGGCAGCUCUCCGGGCCUGUAAUGCCACAGUACGCUGUAAUCGUCUUGGUCUUAUUGGCUGCACAGUCAGGAUACUGUACGAUGCACCAAUUAUGAAAAAAAUAUACCAAGGUGAUCCAACAGACGCCUCUUUUUGCACAAAUACCAGAAUGGCAGAUAGGUGGAUCGGGUAUAGAAGCCUCCCUCUUUGAACCUUUGCUACGUCAACGGCGCCAUGAAAUUUUCACUCGCGAUAACAUGAAGGAAGACAAAUAUUUCUCCAUGAUCCCUCUUACCUGGACAGCUUACAACAAUCGGGCGGGCACCCCGGCUUCGUGCACAUUCAUGUUUGAUAUGAUGAUCCUGUCUGUUCUAGGUUUCCAGGUAGAUGAGUUCAUGGAAUCUGUCGCGGGGCCGGCUUUGCAACCUCACUUUAAGGAUCUUAAAGACUUGAUCGAUGAGCUUUUCUCCGAUUACAAAUUUGGCAGCACUGCAAACACCUCUCAGACAGCUGCUCUUCAAAUCUCAAAUGGCCAAUUAGUCUCCCCUACCGUGUAUGAUAAAGUGCGCCGGCCCCUCAAACAUUACAUCCGAUAUAUCUUGCACCAUGAAGCCAUCCAACAAGCCAAUGACCGUGAUGUGUAUACUCUGCGUCAGGAGUUGAAACAGUUCUUGUAUGCGCAUAUUACCCAGGCCACCGAUAAUCACCGCUUGGCAAAGGGUACUGCCAGCCAAUUGUUCGACUACCCAGAGAGUGAAUUUUAUCGCUGGGUGCAUACUACCUCAGCUGAUCAUACGGGAUGUCCUUACGCUUUUGCCUUUGCUGGAUGUCUGAUUUCGUUCACAUCCUGUCUUCCCCCGAGCAAUCCAUCGCCAACAACAACUACCCCUCCAUACAGCAACACCAAGCGGCCCGCAAUAUGGCAGACUGCGGAGCAAAAAUACCUUGCCACGGACCUGUGCCGUCAUCUCUCUACUAUGUGUCGAAUGUACAACGACUACGGGUCCAUCCAGCGCGACCGAGAUGAGGGUAAUCUGAAUUCAGUCGAUUUCAGCGAAUUUGCAAAUGCAGAUCUAAACGCAGCAUGCGAAGGAGGCGUGGCAAAAGCCGCCUUAUUUAGACUUGCUGAGUAUGAGCGUAAGGGCGUUGAGUCUGCUUUUGCUCAUCUGGUAGACGCCUUUGAGAACACAGCGAGUAAAGCUGCAACGUGUGGCCACAAGACAGACCCGAUGGGCCUUUGGCGGUUAUUUGUGGAUGUGACAGACCUUUAUGGACAAAUUUAUGUAGUCAAGGAUAUUGCUAGCAGGAUGAAGUAAGGAAGGUGCAUGUGUUGCUCUGUGUAUCGGUUUUGG